AUGCCGACAACAUUUCACCGGCAGGAAAGAGAAAUUUCGCUCGCAGCUUAUGUGACGAAGAACCCAGCCAACGACGUCUCUUGUACCCAAUGCAUUAGUCUAUUAUCGAAGGGUCCAUGCGAGGAGUGUGUUUCUGUCGGACCGAACACCUUCAAUGGCGCCUGCACCAACUGCCAGUACAAGUCAACAGCUUCUAGAUGCUCAUUCUACAAAGAUCGGUCUCGCUCCUCCAUUGGUGUUCCUGCACCCGGGCCGAAACCGGUUGGACUUGGUUCGAGGGGAAAGGAACGCGACAACGAAGAGGUGAAAGAACAUGGCAAGGAGCAUGGCAAGGAGCAAAGAACGGGCAAUGCAGAACAAGCAGGCAAGAAAACGCAUUCCGGCAAGAGAACGUGUCUCAAAUUUCUGAACGAGCACGUGAGCGUUACGGAGAGGGAGUAUGACUACAAACACAUUGAUGAGCUUCCUGAGGAUAUGCUUGCCUAUGCCUCGGCGAGGCAACUGGAGAUUUGGACUGGCCGGAUCGACGCACAGCUGGCAUUGCGGAACGCAAAGCGCAGCCGCCGCUAG